AUGGGCAUCCUGGUCGACGCUCUCUUGUACGAGGUGAACUCGUUAGCGGGAUGGAAAAAUCUCGAUGGUGUGGGGAAGAAAAAAGGAUUGAAUGAUGGCUUCAAGUCAAUAGAUGUAGAGCUUCCCCAUCCCAUUGAGAUACUUAAUAGACAAAGGGAGUCGCGAGGAGGGAAAAUAAAGACUUGUGAGAAGGUACUGCAAUGGGAUUUUGGAAAGGAAGGAGGAGGAAGGCGGAGUGAAGCAGUGGAAGGGGAGGAGUUGUGUGGGCCAAAUAUGGGCCCAAUUAGUAGAGCACCUAUAUUGGAGGGUGAUGAUGGCUUUGGGCCAGUAGACAUGAGUCGGUAUUUGGGUGGGCUAAUGGGCUCAAAGUGGAUGAAGGCUCGGUCAACCUUGGUGCGCCGGGCGGAGGAAGACCCACCUAUAAGAGUUGGUCGUGGUUGA